AUGACGUUUGAAAACGACAAUUUACCUAAUGAGGACGCAAUUCAUACAUUGCUUGAGUUUGUUAUUUCGGAGGAGAACAAGACAAGCGUAAAAGGUGACGCAGUUGUCAGCAGAAAUAGACUGAGACUAAGAAGCGCAGUGAAAAGACCUUAUGAUACAUGCACCACUCCAGUUACAAGAUCAUUUCUUCUCCAGCUUUUACUACGGACAAGAGACAAUUCCGUAAAUGAACACAUAGAAAAGUUUAUGAGGGACACCAGAGGAGCAUGCAGAACCAAUGAAACUCUCGUCAAAACGUGUCAAAUGUUCAUACAUUGCAUAGAGGAAACAACUGUAUACCAUUUUCUGAAAGACUUGAAAACAACUAAAGAUGAAAUUUCGGAAGCGGAGAAAUUUGUACAGUCUGCUACUGGUUUAUUUAAUGAACAGUUGUCAUUCAAAUCGCUUUCUCGUGUCGCAGAAGUUCGCUGGGCGAUACAAAUAGCUAGCAAAUAUGUAUACAGAUGCAUGGUUGAAGAAGUAGUUUCUGCUAGAGAAAUUGAUUCACUAUUGAGAGCAAUUAAAGAUGUCUGUAACAAAGAGGAUAGGGAUCAAAACAUAAGAUACUUUUUUGUUCAGGAGCUAUGUAAAACACAUGGUGAGUCGGCGUUUCAUGACAUUGUAACAAAAAGUAAAUUAAAGGCAUCCCAGCUUCCCCUUUCCUGGCUAGAUGUUGGUAUAAAAAGGGAGCUGCUAAAAAACAUAUCAAACAACAAGAUUGCAGAUUACAUAAAAAUUCGACCAGGAGAUGAUAUGCAGGAACAGAACACAAAAUGCUUGCUGAUGCAUGUAUUCUUAACUUUUUAUCUUUUACCACAUGGAGACAGUCUUCCCAAACCACUUAUUGACAUUGCACAAUGUAAUGUCCCCUUACCU